AUGGCAGGCGGUCAGUCUGAAGAGCCGUGUGACCGGACAUGGCAGGUCAACGCAGAGUCUGGUACGUUGCAGGGAUGGGGUGCCAUAACACUGCCUGCGACCUCAGAGCCCGCGAACUUGCUCGGCCAGACGGAAACGCAGAACGUUCAGUAUGAUGCCGCGAAAACAUCCCUGCGCGAUGAUUUGUGUGAUGUCGCAGAUCCCUCCAAGCUGCAGGCAUUGUUGUGCGAUAAUGCCGCCCUCUUCGAGGUUUGCCAGCGGGCAGUUGCAAUUGCUGGAGAGACGCUGUCAGAGGCCCCAUCGCAACUGGCCAAUGUGGAGAUGCUGCAGGUGGCGUUGAACCACAUAUGCCAACAUUGCGACAUAGACCUACUCGAGAAGGAGGAGGCUGAUGAGCUAUGGGAUGGUCCGAUGGAUCUGGGUGUUUUCUAUCAGUUUGCACGUGAGUACUUCAGCUCGUUGUGCCGCGUGCUCACAAUGGACAUCUCGCUCAUACAGAACGAGUGA